UAUAAAGAACGGUUCAGUUGAACCACCAACCUCCUUGCAAGUUUGAAUAUUCCCUUCAUUGUCUGCCUGCGUUCAGCACACGCCCGCUCCUUGCUGUGAGGUGAUCGUCAAUGUCUCUGUAACGGACGCAGGCCCUCGGCGGCUGCUCCAACUGUCGGCCAGGGCGCGGGGAGGGCCGGGGGACUGGGGAAAAUGGCGAGUGACAGCGGGAAGUACAGGGCUGCAAUCAGCAAAAGUAAAGAUCCCUCUGGUCUACUUAUCUCGGUGAUACGAACUCUGUCAACCAGCAAUGAUGUUCAAGAUCGAGAAGCUGAAAAGGGCCGUUUGGAGGAAGCUUAUGAGAAAUGUGACCGUGAUUUGGAUGAAUUAAUUGUUCAGCACUACACAGAACUUACCACAGCCAUCAGGACAUACCAAAGCAUCACUGAACGUAUCACUAGCUCGCGUAACAAGAUUAAGCAGGUGAAAGAGAAUCUGCUUUCAUGCAAAAUGCUACUGCACUGCAAAAGAGAUGAAUUACGUAAAUUGUGGAUCGAAGGUAUUGAACAUAAGCAUGUGCUAAAUCUGUUGGAUGAAAUUGAGAGCAUCAAACAGGUACCACAGAAACUGGAGCGAUGCAUGACAAGCAAACAUUAUCUUCAUGCUACAGACAUGCUGGUCUCUGCAGUAGAUUCUCUAGAGGGACAGCUGCUGCAAGUGGAAGGGCUGAGUGACCUACGCCUGGAGCUUCACAGCAAAAAACUGAACAUGCACAUGGUCCUGAUUGAUGAACUACACCGCCACUUGUACAUUAAAUCCACAAGCCGUGUUGGCAACAAAAACAAGGAUAAGAACAAAAUUGGCCUGCUUGGGAAAGAUAUAUCUCCUGCUCCUCUUAUUGAUGUCAACUUGGUAUCAACCUCACGGAAAUUUAUCGAUACCUCACAGUAUAGUGGCUCGGGGAGUACAGCUGUAAAGGAGAUAAACCUACAAGACAUUAAGGAGGACCCAGAGUGUGAUCCAGAGGAGAACAGCAUACUUUUCAUGGGAAUUUUGAUAAAAGCUCUGGCAAAACUGAAAAAGAUUCCAGAGACGGUCAAAGCAACUAAAGAACGUUUCAAUCAGGAACUGGAACAGAUUGUGAAACGCUCUACAACCCAGAUUGCAGACCAUGCUUAUCAGCGUGGUGAAAUUGUAUCGCAGGAGAAUCAACCUAGGUUAUUACUAGAGCUGCUGGAAUUAUUAUUUGAAAAAUUCUAUGCUGUUGCUGCUGCUCAUAAAAUUGUUCUUGGCUACCUUCACCAAAUGGUUGUGUCGCCUUCUGGUUUGAAUGUGAGUGAAAUCAAACUGUAUGAUAUGGCAGAAGUGUGGGCAAGGAUCCAGAAUGUGCUUCAGAUACUGUUGACAGAAUACUUAGAUGUGAAGAACACUCGAACUGCCUCUGAACCUUCUUCACAGCUCAGUUAUGCCAGCUCUGGGAGUGACUUUGCAGCAUUCUUUGCCAAAAAGAGACCUCAGAGACCUAAAAUCCCUCUUUUUAAGUUUGAAUCAUCUUCGCAUGCUAUCAGUAUGAGUGCAUAUCUGCGUGAACAGAGACGUGAACUGUACAGCAAGAGUGGAGAGCUACAAGGUGGGGCUGACGACAAUCUAAUCGAAGGAGGAGGCACAAAGUUUGUCUGUAAACCUGGUGCUCGGAACAUCACAGUUAUCUUUCAUCCAUUGUUAAGGUUUAUUCAGGAGAUUGAGGGUGCCAUGUGGUCAGGCUCUGGUAAGCAGUGUCCUCUGCGAGAGUUCCUCACCAUGUACAUCAAGAACUUCUUCCUUAAUCAGGUUCACCUGGAUGUUAACAAGGAGAUUGAGGCUGCAACCAAAGUCGCAGAUCCUUUGAAAGUGCUGGCCAGCGCCGAUACUAUGAAAGUAUUGGGAGUGCAACGGCCCCUCCUUCAGAGCACUGUGGUGGUGGAAAAAUCGAUGCAGGAUCUGGUGAACCUGAUGCAUGACCUGAGUGCAUACUCUGACCAAUUCCUGAACAUGGUGUGUGUGAAACUACAGGAGUACAAGGACACGUGUACCCUUGCCUACAGGAGCAUUGUUCAAUCGGAAGAGAAGCUCGUCAUUAGUGCAUCAUGGGCAAAGGAUGAGGACAUCAGCCGAUUGCUAACAUCACUCCCAAGCUGGACAAACAUGGCUCAGCCUAAACAGAUGAGGCCUAAGCGAGAAGAUGAGGAAAACUUUACAAGAGCUGCCAAUGCCAAGGAGUCUGAAGUCUUGACUGGCAACUUGGGAGACAAACUUAUACCACAAAAUGAAAUUUUACGAGAUGUCAGUGACCUAAAGGCUCUGGCAAACCUGCAUGAGAGCCUGGAAUGGUUAGCUGCACGGUUAAAGGGCUUCUUCUCCAGUCUGCCUACAGCUCAAAUGCUCUCUGCCCAUGUCACCUGCCCAGGGCAAGACAUCCAUGUAACCAUGGAUAUUCCUCCUGUGUCUGAGCAGAUUAUGGAGACUCUCAAUGACCUUGACAAGUCGUUUCAAGAAAUGGCUCGGAGAUGCUUGCUCGUGCUUCACUUGGAAUCAGUUCACUGCUUUCACUAUCUAAUCCCACUGGCCAAGCAAGGCAACUAUGCCAUUGUUGCAAAUGCAGAGAGCAUGGAUUAUGAGCCCCUGGUAGUGCGACUGAACAAAGACAUCAGCGCCAUUGAGGAAGCUAUGAGUGGCAGCUUGCAGCAACACAUCCAAUACAUUUUUGAAGGUCUGGGUCACCUCAUUUCCUGCAUUUUGAUCAACGGUGCACAGUAUUUCAAGAGGAUCAGUGAAUCAGGGAUCAAGAAAAUGUGCAGAAACAUAUUUGUAUUGCAGCAGAAUCUGACCAACAUCACCAUGUCUCGAGAGGCAGACCUAGACUUUGCAAGGCAGUACUACGAGAUGUUAUACAACAGUCCUGAUGAGCUGCUCAAUCUAGUGGUGGACCAGGGGGUGAAGUACACAGAACUGGAGUACAUUAAUGCCCUAAGUCUCCUCCACCGCAGCCAAACUGGAGUUGGAGAUCAGACCAUGCAAAACAUGCGUGUGCAGCGGCUGAAAGAAAUUAUUUGUGAACAGGCUGCCAUCAAACAAGCCACCAAAGACAAGAAGAUCACAACAGUCUAGGGAGCCAGCCAUGUAAGAGGGUCUUAGGAAAGGGAAACUUCAUCUUACUUAGAAUUGCUGUUAGGUUCUAAGGCAACCUGCGGUAUGUUUGGCAUUUGUUUAAUUGUUCAUACCGAUUAGUGAUGAAUAUGUACAUAAAUUAUAAAAGGUAAUGUGGCACUAUUGUGCCUUGUUGUCCCCAGAUAAGUAGUAAGGGAUGUUCUCUGUGGAAGGGUUUUAUUCUCAAGAAUCUGCUUUACCUUUCACUAGCUGACUAUAAUAGAAGCUUAGCAUUAACAAAAAAAUACUGUUGCUCCAUAAACACACACUUCCCAUAUUUUCGUCCUUUGGGAUACCACACAGUUGCCUCACGCCACAUCCCUGUGCUUCUCCUUCACCUCAGAAGGUUGGAUUACCAUCAGUGCCACCCAAUGAUCAACUGACAUCUAGCAGUGCCAUCGAUUUCUAGCAGCAUUCACUUUCCACAGUCAUGCAGUGGUGUUAAUGCAGUAGAGGUACUUUUAACAAACUUGCCUGCCUAAAGGUAGCAACUUAACAAUUAGUCAAAAAAUUCUGACAUGCUUCCCUCUCCACUGAAAUUGGCAAGUGUCCGGUUGACAUUAUUGGUGGUGAUCAUAUUAAGGAUCAGCCACCAAUAAAAAAAAUGAUUGCACACUGUAGAAUGAUGAUCUGAUACUGGUGCCAUUAGCACAAUUUAUAAAUAUAGCAUUAAAUAUUUCAAAUUGACACUGAAAAUGUCAGUGCUAUAAAAGUUCCAAUAUUUGAAUGUAAUACUCGAUAACUGAUGUUUGGACAGUUUGAGCUAAAUUUGCUAAUCUCACCUAGAGUUUAAAAGUUGUUAUGUGAAUAGGGGACACAUCUGAGACUAAAGCUAAGCUUUAUUAAUGCACAAUAUAGCUGAAGCUUUAUUGCACAUGUCCUUUCCAGUAUCUGACCUCACUGUACUUGAUGGUGUUUCUGGGUUCACAAAGUGGAAAAUGUUUCAUUGUCUGGUCCAGCCAAAGCCAAGUGCACCUGUGAUCACUGGAGAGAACUUACACUUCACUAAUACCUAAAAUCUGGUGCACAACAUAUUCUAAAACAUAAUCAAGUAACAAUUUCAAAGAAUGUAUGGUGUUGAUCAAUCUAAUUCCUGUGCAUAGAUUACUUCAGUGCAGUGGUAGGAACACCAUCUAACAAUUCCUUGCUGGGAUUAAAAAUGGACCAGAAAUACACACCUGUACCCUUCCUUAAAAGCCUUCAUUUUUUCAUGAAAUGUGACCACGUAGAAAUACGGAAAGUUCAUCAGGAACUUCCAAAUAUAAUCAUUACUUCCUUCAGUUGCACUCUUACAUCCACUUUGCACUAACUGAAAAUUCAGCUGGGAAAAACCUUCACAGAUGGUCCAGUGGGUAGAAGAUUUCUCGGUGGAACAUGUAAACUCUAGCUCAAGUCCCAGCAUACAUGUGCUUUCUCAUUUUAGCCAGGCUAGCAUUUGGGAUAUUAAAAUUGGCUUAUAGUAAGGAAAGAAAACUCCAGAGGAAGGCCUGCCCAUUCUUUCUUUUUACUUGUUCAAGAUAUUCAAGUAUGUGGAACAUUUGCACCAGGCCAGAGUUAGGGCUCCACCUUAUGUUUUAUUCUGAUUGGAUAGCUAGUGAAGCAUAACUGGGAUUCAUCAAUGAGAUUCAACUGCCAAAAGGUCUCAUUGGGUGAUUGCUCUUCUGUGGAACAAUUUGGUGGGGGUAGACAAUGCAAUGACAGGCUUUUUGGGGAAAUACACCAGAGUUUGCCUUGGAAUUUUAGAUAUCAGAUGAUCUCUAAUCUACAGAAGACAUUUUAUGUGACUGAAAUAAAGCAGAGGGUAAUCCACAGAAUUGACGUAAAAACAGGAGAUUUCACGUAAGUGAUGGGGUUUACACAAUUAGGCAAAUUUUUCACUGAAACAAAUGGCUGAAAAUAAGGUUAAUCUACCAGCACAGCUGUACUAAGAUUAGAUUAACUGAGUCGACCCCCAAUUAAUAAUGAGCUUUUAUGCAAAGCUCAUUUUUUGAAUUCUUUAAAAUCCAUUUCUCAUUCUGAUUGGUUAAUCACAUUGUCAUCUGGAAAAUCAAUUGGUGUUGGUUCAAAAAGAGACAGAUUUAUGCUAAAGUACACAGGUGAAAAGCACACUUUUUAUUCAAAAGACAGUCUCCAGCCAGCAGCGCAAGAAACAAUGCAGAUGAAUGGUUCAUACACACAAAGGAAGUUAUCACUGAAUGUCUAAGGCUUGUGCAAUGAUUGGAAUGAUUUUCACACCUUCUGAUCUUCUGAAUGUAAAUCCCAGGGUAAGUAAAUUGACCUAAAUUUUCCAAUGACAAUGGAGAUGGCUUUUUUUUAUAUAUCUCUGACCUAAUACCCAUCACCUUGGUCCACUCAGCCAAAGGACCUGAGGCAGCCGCACAUGUAACCAAUGGGAAAUGAGUGGGUGCAGAUUUGGCGGGUUUUUGAUGUUUUACAAAUCUCAGUGUUCUAAGCCAUGUAAUAUAAGGCCUUUAGGUCAAGCAUACCACAUAGAAUUUAUAAAAGAGUAGAAUAUGUUGCAGGAGCUCCUGAAAUUUGACUUUUGCCUCUGGUGUAUGUAGGCAAUUAAAAGGGACAUGCCCUCCCCUAAAAGUGGCUGACCCCUUUUAUUCCUAUGUGCCAAACCAUGUCUG